UCUGCCCUCAGAGUUCCUUCUGAUGUUUUUGUUCCUGCACUCUUUCUUGAAUUUCAUUUCUUCCGGGUUCGUUAAUUGAUAUGCCAUUUCUUAGAAUAGCUUUCUCCUCUUCAGAGUAACAUUUUACUAAUUUAUCAAGGUUUAUUUCGUAACCACUCCAUCUUCCCUGGGGCCCCAGUCGCGGCUGACAGCUCCCUACACCACUUAAUUUUAGCCUGGACCAAUCCUUCUGCGUCAGUGGAAAGUCCGUUUUCCUAUCCCCCCCGGACACCACCUCUCCGGGGCGACUGCCACAAAGACGCUGUCCAGAAAAUGUUUUGGCGAAGCUGAGCCCAGGUGGCCCCCGACACGAGCUGCAGCCAUGGGAAACACCACCAGCGACCGGGUGGCCGGGGAGCGCCACGGCGCCAAGGCAGCACGCGCUGAGGGCACCGGCGGCCAUGGCCCGGGCAAGGAGCACAAGAUCAUGGUGGGCAGCACGGACGACCCCAGCGUCUUCAGUCUGCAGGACUCCAAGCUCCCUGGGGACAAAGAGUUUGUAUCCUGGCAGCAGGAUCUGGAUGAUUCGGUGAAGCCUACACAGCAGGCCCGGCCCACUGUGAUCCGCUGGUCUGAAGGAGGCAAGGAGGUCUUCAUCUCUGGGUCCUUCAACAACUGGAGCGCCAAGAUCCCACUGAUUAAGAGCCAUAAUGACUUUGUGGCCAUCCUGGACCUCCCCGAGGGAGAGCACCAGUACAAGUUCUUCGUGGAUGGACAGUGGGUUCAUGAUCCAUCAGAGCCUGUGGUUACCAGUCAGCUUGGUACGAUUAACAACUUGAUCCACGUCAAGAAAUCUGAUUUUGAGGUGUUUGAUGCUUUAAAUUUAGAUUCCAUGGAAAGCUCGGAGACAUCUUGUCGAGACCUUUCCAGCUCACCCCCAGGGCCUUACGGUCAAGAAAUGUAUGUGUUCCGAUCCGAGGAGAGAUUCAAAUCCCCACCCAUCUUGCCUCCUCACCUUCUCCAAGUUAUUCUUAACAAGGACACUAAUAUUUCUUGUGACCCAGCCUUGCUCCCCGAACCCAAUCACGUUAUGCUGAACCAUCUGUACGCAUUGUCCAUUAAGGACAGUGUGAUGGUCCUUAGUGCAACCCAUCGCUACAAGAAGAAGUAUGUCACUACUCUGCUGUACAAGCCCAUCUGAAGGGAUCCCUUCCUGCCUCCAGGAUUCAGAAGCAUCUCCCUUGCCCUUCUGGACUGGACCAGUCUCACCUGAGACUGGAAAGCUGAUUUGCUUUGAGGCUGAUGUGUGUGUUUCAGGGCCUGAGUAGGACACUCUGCUUUUGCAUUUGUUCAAGAUGAGAGCUUUACGAAUUCUUGGAAUUUAAGAAAAAAAAAUUACGCAUAUAUCUACCUAAGAGAAGAAGGUUAAUGGAAGCCUGCUAGCUAGAUGUAGCCUCUGCCUGUGGGGACUCCCCAAGACCCGUUUGGGGAGCUGCAAGAAGAACCACCCAUUAGAGGAAGCUUUUUCCCUAAAAUGAAUGAAGAGCAAACUCUCAGGAUCCUUGAUGGUAGAGAGCCUGGCACUGCCACCUUGGCUCUCCAAGGGAUGGACGUGUGCCAGACGCCUGCCCUACUCACAGCUGCCUCCCUGCCGGAGCAGCUUUUCUUGCAUGGGUUUUCUGUAUUCCCAGGGUCUGUGGCACGAUCUGUGUUUUCUUAUAUGAUACCAGACGCCCCUUCGUCCUCACAUUUCAUAUUCUUGCUUUGAUAUCCUCCGUCAGAUCCCACACCUGACCCUUCCCUGACACAAAACUCCUUGGGUAAGUGACUCCUUUCCAAGGCUGUGUGAGACCUGUCCCACCUCAGACACUAAGGCUGCCAGAAAGUCUCCUUUUUAGGCCAGCACCGGCCCAGGCCACCUUGUUACUGCUUGUUUUAAGUUGUAAGGAAAACACGGCUCGGCACUGUAAGAAGGCAGGAGUGUGGGUCUGCUUGGGUUUGGUUUGACUGCUCAGGCUGUCCUGGCCCAUUCCCGUGGGCUUUCCCACCGGGCCUGGCCCUGUCGCCUUAUUUUCUUUCACAGAUGCUUUGAAGGUGGGACUGGAACCAAGGAAAACUUUCAUGUCUUUUGUCCUAAGGAAUUAUAAAAUGCCUUUUCACUGGUCUUCCGGGACUGUCCAGGAGAACUUCAGGCUCUUGAUAAAUGGUUCCCAGGACCAUGUGCUCUUGUCUGGCCCUCUGCAAUCUUACAUGAAGGGGGCUGACCCAGUCCCUGUUGUUACACUAAACACUGCUCUGGACGCAGAUUUCCUCAGGCUCAUUUCAUGCACCUGGAAGGUUCCCUCCUCUUGAAGAUUCCUUAGGCCAGGAAGCAAGAAAGUGCUGUUGGGCUUCCCAAUCAUGGAAAGUGUCGCUGCCCCGCACUAAGUGCUAACAGGAUCAUUUUAUUUGCCUCUUUUCAAAAAAGAAAGUGAUGAUAAAGUGGGGUCAAUUUCCAUUUGUGGAAUGAGAAGUAGCUGUGCCAUCACUCCUGGGGUUCUGAGAGAAAAUAGUCUUUUCCAAGUAUCUGUGGCUCUUCCAUUACAGAUAAAUGCAAGUCAAACAUUCAAUACCGAAGGCGGCCAAACUUGAUGCUUGAGAGACUCCUUCGCUACUAAGACGGGCCCAGCCACACUGAAAGGGCACCCACAGGUCAGUUGAGCUGCCUCCUGCCUUCCCCAAAGCUGACAACACAGUGGUCUUCGGGUAGGUAGACUUCUUAGACCUUGGGGGUGAGGCAGUAGAAUAUGUGGGGUUGUUGUUUUGCUGAGAAUCAAAUUGCUAAGUGCUCUGGGGGUGAAUCGCUGAGAGUAAAUACCAUGUUAGCCACUCAAGGCCACCGCCUGCAGCAAAGGCGUUUGUGGAGAACUUUUAUGGUCCCAACCACUUGUUUGAAUGGUGUGCCAUUUUAAAAAAUCUAGGCCAAAUCCUAUUGUAACCAACUCUCAGAAUCUACAUUGUAU